GUUCGGCGUACAAUGCGUGCCGGACGUGUUGUUUGGCGUGUAACUCUGGAUGCCGCUUGCGGGGUCUGUUUUGGAGACGCUGCGAGCAUCUAUGGCCGAGCGUGCUCAUGUCGUAACCUUCUCUGUUAGCCUUCAUUGCGUAUUCUUGAUCGUACCCAGGUGCUUCGGUUCACGGUUCACGGGCAUGUGGAUUGUAGACCGGGCUUUCCUUGGGGCUUGGAUUGUAGUACCGCAAUUGUUGAUGUUCCCCCCUUGUUGUCCCAUCCCGGCGAACUCUGUGCCUUUCCUUUAACCCUCUCCACGGGGUCUUGGUGACAUGGGUUCCGCCCUUUACCCUGGGGAGACUGUGCCUUGGGGAUCAGCUAUGGGAAUAUGGCUCUACGGUCCGUAGGAGUGUGCUUAAGAACUUGUAUUUUGGCUAGUAUUUGACUCUUUCGACCCGACUGUUGGUUUCGUUCAUUGUUUGAGUCAGACACGUGUCACCGCCGAAAAGCGCGGUCCGCAACUUGCCCGGGAGGGUUUGAGCGGCUGUCGGCGGGUGUAUGAGCAUCUAUCUCCCCUGUGGACAGGGCUCUGCUGGGGGCUCGGAUAUGGUACUUGGAGAUGUUGAUGGCACCCCCGUGCUGUUCCUUCCGGGGGGCUUCUGUUGACUUCUGGGCAUAUGAUAUACUCCUCUUUUGUUUCCCCUUCUACCCCUCUCCAUAGGGGCUGAAGGGACCUACCUACCUUGCCUCCCCCAGCAGUCGCACCGCGUACAUACU